AUGGCGGGCCUUCAGAACCGGCGGCAGAAACUGGACCCCUCGGCUGGGGUGUUUAAACGACCCCUUAUUGACUCCGAUGACAUCAUCAUUGACAUACUGUCAAGGCUUCCAGUCAAAUCUUUACUCCGAUUUCGGUGUGUAUGCAAGUCAUGGCAUACUUUGAUCUCCGAUUCUCAUCUUGUUAGGAAGCACCUCCGUCGCGCAGUCAGAGGGGUCAAUGCUAAUAGCAGUAAGCUCCUUAUUUCAAGCAGUCCUCUGUAUUCCAUAGACUACGAAGCACUGGAGGAUGUCAAUAGUUUUGUUGCAAUCAAAGAGCUUCAUUUACCAGUACCGUUAGUGCUUGACCGAAUGAGCAUUGUGGGUUCUUGCAACGGCUUGAUAUGUCUGCACGAAAACAAAGGCGACUUUUUCUUAUGGAACCCGUGUACUAGAGAUACCCUGAAGUUACCAGGAGUUACUUAUUUUCCUUCUAGUCCAAUGUUUUAUGGAUUCGGUUAUGAUUCCACCAUAGAAGAUUACAAGGUUAUAGUGGGUGGCACAUCUAGUAGUGAAAGUGGUUUGCUUACAACCACAAUCGCGCUCUUUACUCUCAAAUCGGGUUCGUGGAGGACUUUCCAAGGCCUUAACUAUGUUAAAUUGAAUGGGCAGGGGUGUUUGUUAAACGAAGCUCUGCAUUGGGUAGAAUUUGAAUGGAGGUGGGAGGGGUAUUUCAAUGUACUUAGUUCAAGAAUCAUCUCUUUUGAUUUAGCAGGGGAGAAAUUUCAGGAAAUGGUGCCAUUAUCAUCCUAUCUUAGUGACCAAAAAUAUAUAUCCAUCCGUAUUGGGACGACUACAAAUUGUCUCUUUGUAUAUAUGUUCAAUCACAGCAAUUUCAGUGAUAUUGCAAUUACAAUAUGGGUUAUGAAGGAAUAUGGGGUCAAAGAAUCUUGGACUAAAAUCAUAGACAUUCCUUCGGAGCUUUUCCGUCCACUUCAAGGAGUAUUUUUUCUGAAUCUUAUAUGUAUUUUAGAGAGCGGUGAAGUUUGCAUGAGUUAUUCAAGUGGCCUGGUAUCAUAUAAUCCGAAGGAAAAUACAUUUAGGAGUGUUCUUAGCUCGCCUGUUAUUUUGUUGCCUGAAGCAAUUAUGUACGUAGAGACUUUGGUUUCGCCAGUAGAUGAAAGUUGUGCAGACAUCUGA